AAAACUGUGGAACUGUAACCCAUACCAUACUUUGACAUUUGCUCUUUAACUAUUAGUUAAACUCUAGGUUGAAAAUUAUCACUUUUCUGCAUAUAUGUUAUAUGUCACAAUAAAAAAUGUUAAAAAAAAAACAAAACCCACUGUUCAUAGUACUUGGGACCAUGAAGUAACCUAAUGUAUAUAAGUGUUCAGUACAGGGCUUGGCAUGUAGUAAAAAGUUCAAUUUUGCUAUUGUUACUGUUGUAUAUAGGUAUUUGAGUUGCUUUUAGUUUUAGUUUGUGAGGGAAGUGUCUGCUAUUACUGCCAAAAUAAUGUAGGACUGAGGAAGCCCAGUGUAAGUUCUGAAAUCAGUGUGGCAGAGGCAGUGCAGAAAGAGGCUUGCUAUGUUUCUUUGCCUCUCCUCCCAAGCAGAGAGAAUGACAGGCCUGCAGCCCUGGAAGUGGUUCCCGCUACCCCUUGGGCUUACAGUUUUCCCAUGUAUAGGGAUUACAGGAUGCUAAUCAUUGUUCUACUUUUUCCUAGUUCCUUUAGCUAACCCACUUACUCUCCCAGCUCUUAUGUUGAUAUCACAACAGGGUGGGAGGAGGAAGAUGGAAAGAAUAGAAAAUGUUAGGGCUGCUUAGGACUUUUAAAGCUCAUGUCUUCACCUGGCCCACUUUCUAAGCCAGAGCACAAUAAAUAUGAUGAACAUAUCUUUUAAAGCAAAAACUUGUGACAGGAAUUUUGUGCUUUUUCCAAGUGUAAGGGGGAGACUAUAUGUGAAAAUAAUUUUUGGAAUAUUUCAGUAGUUUCAUGGGGACAAUGGGGUAGAAUAUUUUGAAAUUGUAGUAUUUGUAUUUAAAUCAAAUAAAAUUAAAUACCAUUAAAAAGUUAGUUCCCACAGUUACAUUAGUUGCGGUUCAAGUGAUAAUGUCUUGGCCACCAUAUGGGACAGCACAGAUACAGAACAUUUCCAUCACUACAGAAGGUUCCAUGGGACAGCACUGCUCUAGAAUAUUUGGUAAAAUUGCAGAAUUGCAGGGAAUAGUCCAGUCUUGGACCAUAUGCCCUAUAAUAAAUCUCUUUUAUCAGUUCACCACAAUUCUUGCUAAGUCCUCCAGCAUGCUGGGAGGUACAGAGCAAAGAGCACAGGGCCAGGUCUCAGAAACCUUUGGUUCUGAUCUUAGCUCCUCUAGGGAAUUGCUGAGUGACUGUGAGCACCUUUCCUAGCCUUGGUCCCUUCAUCUGAGAAAUGUGGGAGUUGAACCAAAUGGUAGAUUUCAGGGAGUGCUAGCUUUAAAAUUCAGUGAUUGGAUGAGACUUUUCACAGGUACAUUGAGCUCACAGGUCAUACUUUGACAGAUGACUUGUUUUGGCAUAAGUAACUGUCAGCAGGACCUCCCUCUACUGUCUCAGUAUUUUCUGCUCUGUGUCCAAAGCAUGAUGGUCUGUCAACCAGUAGGGAUCCUCCAUCCAGGGAUCCACCAACUGGGUGCUUUGAUUUUGUAUCACUCUGCAUUUAGAUGUGUUAUAAUGCAAUUUUAUGCUGUUGGAAGUUUCAGGCUUCUCUUUAAAAAGGGCUUGUUGCAUUAACUGCCUACACAUGAACUGUGGUAGGGCCAGGGGAGGUCUUGGCAACUAAACUCCCCAACUUGAUUAGAUUAUGAAGGACAGAGGUCUUCUGACUCAUGGGCUGCUCCGGCUCAGUUUGAUUUUGCUAUUAUAGCUAUUCCCCAGCCUUGACCAGAAUUGAACCCACACAUCCAACCAGCAGCUGUUACUCAAUACAUGUUCUGGCCAUCAGCUUCCUGCCUGUUGUGGUCAGAGGGAGAUGUGUCUUUUCCCAGUAACAUCUUUGCGUUUAACAGCUUUAGAUAUUCAGACAAGAUCUUGCUGAUCUGGUUACUUAGGGUAAGGUAUUUCUUUUUCUCCAGUGACCAUGGGAGGAGGACACUGGGUUGAGUAUGAGCCAUUAUAGAUUUUCCCUGCUAAGAUGCUAAUGGGGAUGGAAUCUAGGCCUUCUGAAAAGUCAUGAGUGUUGAGUACUAGCUCCUCAGCUGCCUCUGUCACUGACCAGCUGUGUCCUUGGGCAAGGCCCUGACUGUCUCUGAGCCUUAAUACCCUGAAAACUCUUCCCCUCCAUAUGGGAUCACGAGGAGUAAUGCAUUAUUAGUGUUCUUUCAGCUUUUGCUUUUCCUACAGAAACAAGAUUAUGUACUAGAGCAAAUAAAUAAUCAAGGUUGUGAUUGAAUAACUAGAAACAAAGGGGAAUAUCUGUUUCACUUGAGAAUGCUUUUAAGUUAACUCAAAAGUGCCACGACAUUUUUUGGACUUUUUGUUUUGAUUAAAACUUAUUUAAAAACCAUUAAAAUAUGGGUUUUACAUUUUAGUGGUAAUUUUAAAAAGAAAGAAAAAGAUUUUUUUUGGUAAAGCCUUGGGCACCUGUGGUUUGCCCUUGAGGCUUCUGUUGUGAUCCUGCAGGAUUUGCUAAGCACUGUUCUAGUAAACAUGUUCCAGGACCAUCAAUAACUAAAGUUCUCUCUUUCUAUCCUUUUAUAAAAAUUCUCCAUGUUGAUGGUUCUUCUUUCUCUGACUUUUUGUUUCUCUUCCUUGUGCUUCCUUUUCUUUAGACUAACCCUACUGUCCAGGCCCCAUUGGAAAAAGGUUGCUAUUUUCAGCUAGCCUGGAAAAAUAUUCUUAUUAUUUUCCCACCCACUUACCAGUGGGUUGCCUGGGGCCUUAAAUCAGCCGAGUAUGAGUGUGUCUGUGUAGCGCAGGCUCAAGCCCGCAUUCCUGCAAGCCUAGAGUGUGUGUGUGUGCGUGUGCGCGCGCGCGCGCGCAUGUGUGUGAUUGCAAGCGCAUGCACACGCCGACACGGAUUGCAAGCGCAUGCACACACCGACACACCCGUCUGUAUGCGAAAGUGUGUUUGCGUGUGUGUAUGCACGCAGCGCGCGCACACAUGCCGGCAAGCCCGCUUCCAAGCCUGGUGUGUGUGCGUCUGUAGAGCACGAACGCAUGCCCCUCCACCCUCGUGUGUGUGUGUGUGUGUGUGUGUGUGUGUGUGUGUGUGCGCGCGCGCGUCUGUAGAGCACGAACGCAUGCCCCUCCACCCUCGUGUGUGUGUGUGUGUGUGUGUGUGUGUGUGUGUGUGUGUGUAGCGCGCGCACACGCCGGCGCGCCUGCCAGCCCGCCCGCGCGCCCGUGUGCUCUCCCUUACGCAAGCCAAACAGGGGGUAACCCGCCCGCGCCCCUCCAUCCUGUGCGCGCCCAGCUGUUUCUAUAGGAACUGCUACAGCGCCGGAGCCCCUCCUGCAGAGGCCCGGUUGCGAGCAUGCCCAGUGGAAGCCGCUACUUUGGCUCUAGUCUGGGUUUCCAGUAAGUGGCAUGCGGGACUCAGGAGAGAUCCCGAAGAGCUGAGCCGAGAGUCUUUGUGUGCAGAGGGAGCUGGAGGCGGCGGCGGCCGUUUGGCCUGGAGACCCCGUCCAGGGAGCUCCCCGGCAGGAACAAUGCUAGCCUGCCUGACCCGGGGGAACUUAAUGGACGUUCUGCAGGAGGGCUUCAAUGAGCAACAGCUGCAGGCAUAUGUGGCCUGGGUGAAUGCACAGCUGAAGAAGAGACCGGCAGUGAAGCCUGUGCAAGACCUGCGACAGGAUCUCCGGGAUGGGGUGGUUCUGGCAUAUCUCAUCGAGAUUGUUGCAGGAGAAAAGCUAAGUGGGGUACAGCUGAGUCCCUGCAACCAACAGGAAAUGAAGAAUAACGUAGAGAAAGUGCUACAGUUUGUGGCCUCCAAAAAGAUUCGAAUGCACCAGACUUCUGCCAAAGAUAUUGUGGAAGGAAACUUGAAGUCUAUCAUGAGGCUAGUCCUUGCCUUGGCAGCUCAUUUCAAACCUGGCUCUAGCAGGAUGGUUAGCCAAAGGCGGGACUCCAGAACCCCUCUGCAGAGUCACCAACCCCACUGCGCCACUGCUGUGGCCCAGGGGGCAGCCGCGGCCCUGGCUGAUGUGUGCCAUGACAUGUCACGGUCAGGACGGGAUGUCUUUCGAUACAGACGGAGGAACAGCAGCAUGGACGAGGAAAUUGAGAAUCCGUACUGGAGUGUGCGAGCCCUGGUGCAGCAGUAUGAAGGACAGCAAAGGUCCCCAUCUGAGUCCAGCUGCUCCAGCCUGACCUCACCCAGUCCAAUCCACAGUGCAAAGAGUGAGUCCAUUAUAACCCAGUCAGAGGAGAAGGUGGAUUUUGUGCUGAUUCCUUCCGAAGGAAUAGAGAACAGAACAGAGGAGACAGAUUCUCCAUUAUCCCGAGACUGGCGACCAGGGAGCCCAGGAACUUAUCUGGAGACCUCAUGGGAAGAACAGCUGUUGGAACAACAAGAACAUUUAGAGAAAGAAAUGGAGGAAGCAAAGAAAAUGAUAUCAGGACUACAGGCCUUGCUGCUUAAUGGAUCCUUGCCUGAAGAUGAACAGGAGAGGCCCUUGGCUCUUUGUGAACAAGGAGUCAAUCCGGAGGAACAGUUGAUUAUAAUCCAAAGUCGUCUGGAUCAGAGCAUGGAGGAGAAUCAGGACCUAAAGAAGGAGCUGCUGAAAUGUAAACAAGAAGCCAGAAACUUACAGGGGAUAAAGGAUGCUUUGCAGCAGAGAUUGACUCAGCAAGACACAUCUGUUCUUCAGCUCAAACAAGAACUUCUGAGGACAAAUAUGGACAAAGAUGAGCUGCACAACCAGAAUGUGGAUCUGCAGAGGAAGCUAGAUGAGAGGAACCGGCUCUUGGGAGAAUAUAAAAAAGAGCUGGGGCAGAAGGAUCGCCUCCUUCAGCAGCACCAGGCCAAGUUGGAAGAAGCACUCCGGAAGCUCUCCGAGGCCAGUUACCAGCAGGUAGAUCUAGAGCGGGAGCUGGAACACAAAGAUGUCCUCCUGGCUCACUGUAUGCAAAGAGAGGCAGAUGAGGUGACCAACUACAACAGUCACAACUCUCAAAGCAAUGGUUUUCUCCUACCAGUGGCAGGAAAAGGAGCUGCUUCAUUCACUCACAGAGGGACCAGUGACCUGCAGCUUGUUCGCGAUGCUCUGCGCAGCCUGCGCAACAGCUUCAGUGGCCAUGACCCUCAACACCACACCAUUGACAGCUUGGAGCAGGGCAUCUCCAGCCUCAUGGAGCGCCUGCAUGCCAUGGAGACCCAGAAGAAACAAGAAAGAAGGGUGUGGGGCAAGUCCCCCAGAACUCAAGGUGGUGGCGGAUACCGGGAGUCCUGGCCCCCUAAUUCAAAGUUGCCUCACUCACAGAGCUCUCCAACUAUCAGCAGCGCCUGCACUAAAGUGCUCUAUUUCACCGACCGGUCACUUACUCCCUUCAUGGUCAAUAUACCAAAGAGGCUGGGGGAGGUGACACUGAAAGAUUUUAAAGCAGCUAUUGACCGGGAAGGGAAUCACCGGUAUCACUUCAAAGCGCUGGAUCCUGAGUUUGGCACUGUCAAAGAGGAGGUUUUCCAUGAUGAUGAUGCCAUCCCUGGAUGGGAAGGGAAAAUUGUAGCCUGGGUGGAAGAAGACCAUGGAGAGAAUUGAUGCUGAUUAUUAGAUUAGAGGCUUGUGGAACGUGGUCACUCCCUGGCUGCUUCACUCAGGAAAGAGGACUAAAACCAGAAUACACUAAGAAGUUUCUGGUUCAUGCUGCCAAAACAGAAGUUUCUCCAAGUGUGACAGCCACUAGCCAGUUCAGUUUCUGUGCCUGGCAUACCUGGUACUUCAAAUCCCUGUCCUAAUGUAGACCAUGGGUUCAUCUGGAGUUCCUUGUCUGGGAACACAGUGUUUUAUUUUACUCUGAGGACAACAAACCAAAGGCCUUAACUAAUGGGAAUGGAUGAUCUUGGCCCCUAUAGGGGCAUGGCUGCUAUUAUCUGAAAUCUGGGAAUUGGAUACAUCACUCUGGUGUGUUACAGUAUUAUUUUAAUUGGCCUCAAUGGUUGCAGCAGAGUCCCAGCAUUUGUACUCACAGACAAGAAAAAGGUACCAGCGUUUCUGCUUCCUUGCAGCUAUUGCAAACCAAGACUAACUCAUGAGGUGGUACCAAAGAUGAAGCAUGCUCUUCAGUAAUCUUUUGGACUGAACAUGGAUGGUGCUCAAUUGUUGAUUGGAUGGAAAAAGGGCUGCCCAUAUUGUGCUAUACCCUUCUCAAAACCAUAAUUUAGUAAGACAUUGGGCUGACUCUGUGUCUUAACUGAAUCUGCAACUUGUCCUUUAGCCCACACAGGGCAUGUUUCCUGUACUGCUAAUUUUCUCUGGGGACUCUUUAACAUUAGAGCCAUUUUUUUUUUCCUUCCAGCUAAUGAACUUUGUGUUUGAAAGAAAUAAGGAGCGAAAAGCUCCUUAAAAAUCCAGGUGGGUGUGGAAAGGUGCUGCUACCCAUUUCUUCUUGACUUUUUUUCUCUCAUGACUUUGUUUAGCCAUCAGGCUCAUGGAAUCUCCUCUGCAGUCAAAAGGAGACAGACCAUUAAAUUCAGUAUUUCUUUGUGAUUUAUGAGUACUGAGCAUGCAUUAUUGUUCUGCCCCUCCUCAUUUUAAGGCCAGGAGUUAUAUUCCAUUAUAUAUGUAGUCUAGGCUGAUCCUUUGUGGAACUGUAGAAACCAUGGGGCGUGAAGCGUUAGUUGUCAAUGGCAAGAUUGAUUCUGGGUGAAAAAACCCAGAGUCCUUUCUCGCAUGCAACACUGUCAAGUGUAGAAGCUAACAGAAAAGAGUUAAAUUUCCAGAGAUUACUUAAUAACUUGAGUUUUCACAUUCAUCCACCAAGCAUUAUUAACUAAUGAGCCAUUAUUAUUUGUAUAUUCCCAAAAAGCAGUCUGCCUGUGACCACCAGUGUACACUGCCAGCUAGAAGAGUUGGACAGAUCAGUUCUGGGUUCUUUACCUGUCUGUCUCCAGUUCAUCUCCCCUUUCAGCCAUUUCAACAGAUUCCUCUUUGGAGCUCUGAGAUGACAUCUUGUUGUUUUAUAUGGAUGUGUCUUUUUAAAAUAGCUCAUGUUUGGAGAAUUCUUUUGUACUCAUUUGCUUUUUGUCUAAAAACCAUGUCUAUUUUUAUAACUUGAGUGUGAGUUCUGAAUAUUCUUACGUUCUAUAUAACUUGUAUCCAUUUUUUAGAGAACCCAGUAGCUUUUGUACAGGCUCUUCUUACCACCCCUUGUGGUUUCAGAACAAGCUUUAUUUUGUUACGAGGAUACUAAUGACAACUAAUUUCUUUUCCAAAUCUACCUGCCAGUUUUAGUUGUGGAGGUAGUUUCAUCUAAGACAUUUGAUUGGUCCACCAAGCAGUCAAAAGGAGCCCAAAAGACACCUUGUAUCUUUCAAUGUAAGUUUACCUGUCCACCUCGCUAUUGAAGAAUGAUUUCUCAUCAGAAAUGCCUGGGGAAGUUUGGGAAAGUCAGUCAAAAGCAAAAACAAUUCAUUAUGAAAAGAAAACUGAAGAAAACAGUAUAGUGUCAGUUUUUUUCCCAGGAAAUAAGGAGAAAAAGUCCUCAUAUCACCAAUUUCUUUGUUGCAUGAAUUUUAGUGUUUCACUGUAAGACAGCAUGAGGGUUAUCAGUCCAAACUUUAUUAUAUUUCCAAUGCAAUUUAUCUUGAAUGUCUGUCUCUUAAAUUGUUUGUUUUGUUUUGUUUUGUUUUUUUAAUUUGUCAGUUUCUUUCGGCUAAUUCUUACUAUUAUGUGGAAGUUUUCAAAGAAGAUUAAAUUAGAGAAAAUUUCCAAGAUCCUCUACCUUAUUUGUCUUCUAUUCCUGUGUCCUUUGGAAAAGGAGCUGCAUGGCCUCAGUGCCUUCAAAGACAGCUGAAGUUGAGUUCAAGGGACAGAAUGAGAUCAUUUUUUCCCCAUUAGCUAGUGUAGCCUGGGUGGUGAUUAAGCAUCCCUCCUGUGUGAUUUUGCUCUAGUAACCGUUGUGUAAAAUGUGUUAAUGAUCCUCAUUCCAGUUUUUAAAGGCAGAGGAGUUUUCUGAGGAAGAGUACUUAUUCAUUCUGUUUUGAGUAGUCUGGUAUUUGAAUGCAUCGUGGCUUUAUCCAUAGUAUUGUCCUCUUGACUUAUCCAUAGUAUUGUCCCCUACUGGCACAUGUGUGGUAUAGUCCAUCCUGCUGCUGCUGAAGCUGUCUUUUCUUGAGAAAACUAAGGAAGUAGAGUGUUUAUAGAGUUCAUAAAAUAAUCUCUAUAUCACUUUAGAUUAAAAAGUAAAUGACCCUCUCAAAAACUAGUUGAGAGCACAACUCUUUAAAAAGUCUUCAUUUAAAAACUGAAGACUAUUCUCUUCUUGCUCAGUUCCCUGAGUUAGCAGGAUUGGAACACUUUACAGUGUGUGCCUCAAGAAUUUGGGUUCAGUCACUUGGUAAUGGCAAUCCUACUUACCUACCAACUUUUUGACUCUUUGACCAGGAUAGAUGUAAAUUAGGGAAAUAUCUUUUUGCUCUACAUCCAAUCCAAGAGGACUUGUUCAUAAAAAGCACUUAGGUCAUAAUUAUUAUUUUCAUUUUUUUCCAUAAAAUGAGCAUUAUGAUUACACAUUCCCUCUCUUGUCUGAAUUUAUGUAAGAGAUAUAGCUUGCUUAAAAAACAUAUAUAUGUAAAGUUAUAUUUUCUUAGAAACAUGGAUGUUUGCAGUCAUUGCUUUCAAACAGAUUAUUGCUAUGUAUUCUCCCUGUCUUACAAUAUGUUUUCAUGAAGACUGUGUUAUACCAGAGGCUUUGGAUUAUGGAAGUGGUAACCAGUUUUAACUGCCUGUUUGUACCAGAGAUUUGUGUACUGAUAAAAAAAAACAAACCACAGAAAUAAACUGUGAAUAAAAUGGAGUUUGCAAACUAAAUUUCAUUAAUCCUCUUCACUUGCUUAUCAACUGAGGAUUAAUCAAUAAAAACAUUUGUAUUUAGUGAAAGUAAAUUUCAUCAAGUGCUCUCCCUGGUAUCAUGUUUACUCUCUACUUGGAAGAGUGGAGAUAAGGAAUACUUAAUUGCCACAGAUAUUUUCGCUAUUGAUAUUUCUAAUGUAAGCAUAAAAUAGGUUAUUACUUUCAGAGAGAAUUCAUUGAUUUAGUACUUCUUUGGAAGUUAUAUAUAAAUGUGCAAACAGAUAAUGUAACUGGCACCCUGCUGGCAGCAGUGCCAGGCAGCACCCUGUUCCAGAUUUGAGACUCGCUGCAGAAAGAAUUCAGAGACGAGAGGCCAGUAGAAAUAAGUAGUAAAGUUUAUUAAAGAAAAACAGAAAGAAGACACAUUAAAGAAGGAAAGUUGGCAUGUUCGAGAAGUAUGCCCUGAGUGGGAGUGGGUUGGCUUGUUAUACAGGAAAGUUUUACUGUGAUCUUAUCUCGACCUUUGAACACCAGGUGUCUUUUUUCUAGGAGGAGACAGUUAUCACAGUGAUCAGAACUUGUGACCUGCCCUCUCAGUAUCUAAAAUUUUUCUUCGGGCAGAUGUUUUAACAACCCUUAUGACCCCAUGCUUUUUUUCACUGACUGACAAUUUGCUUUAGGCCCGUGAUUUUCCAAGUGUUUAUGGUCUAGGGAAGCUUCAGAGCUUUAGGGGGAAUUUUGGCUCCAUAAAGUCUGCAGGUAAAGCUCUGCAGGUUUGCAUUAACUCUUCUGAAGCUGAAUAAAAGACCACAGCCUUGAUGCUGUAUUCUAUCCUGCUUCAAUAAGAACCUGAGGCUAUAAACUGUAUGACAAAACUGUUUGUUAGACAAAAGCAAGCAACAUUAACAUGACUCAGAAACAUUUCUGCCCAAAACUUAAGUAGGCUUCAUUUAUGGCUUCAUUUCAAAGGUUUUUUUUUAUUUUAUAACUAAAUCAUUAGCCCUAUUUUCACUUGACUUCCAAUUACAUAUUUCCAACUAUUAAUUAUUAAGGUAUUUUAAUUGGGAAUAUCCCACUAUUAUGUUAAAAUUAAUAUGUACAAAACUUAAAUUCUUUUGCUACCAACCAUUUCCCCUUUCCAUCUGUCCACUUUGUAUCAGUGAUACAGCUAUUCUGCAUGUCUCUAGUUCAUUCCUUUGAGGUUUGAGUAUUCAUUCCUUUUCUUUAAUUAUUUCCUUGAUCUAAUCUGUUUAGGGGAGUUCAGGUCUGUUGUCCCAGGAUUGAUUUGACAAACCUAAGAAUUCCUAGCCUACCUCUGGGGUAAAUUUACCACCCCUAGAUUAUUCAGAUCCCAUAAUUUAGCUAUACCUAGGCCAAAAGUAUACUCAAAAUGCAAACUUGCUAUGCUUUGAAAAAUGCAAAACAAGUAAGUGAACAGUAGAACUAAAGAUAAUCUCAUACUUUACAAACAAAGAUCUGGUUACUAAAUUCAAAUGCAGUUGUAGUAGUAAGAUACUUUUUAGCCAAUUCUAAAUAGUUAAGCAUUUUAAUAAUUAUAAAGUUACAGAAUAGCCUUUUCAGUAUUCACAAUUCUUUGUUUUUUCCAAUUGUUAUUCAUUAGUAAAGUUUUACAUAAUUGUAAUAAUACAAUUGCUCUACUCCUAUGUUAUUGCAAAUGUCUUUCUCUUUAAUAUGUAAAUUUUAUAUUUCUCAACUGUAUUGCUUGCAUAUUAUUCUAUUAGGCUGUGGUGCCUGCUUAAAACUUUUCCUUAUUUUAGGACAGUUGUUUUUCCAAUUCUUUCUCUGUUAUAAAGAUAUUAAAACUUUUUUUUAAUGUUUUGAAUGAUUCAAGGAAACUAGAAUCUUUGGGAAUGACAAACUUUUUUUUCUGAUUUUGUUACUUGUUGCAAAAUUGUCAUCCCUCAACACAUCCAAUAUUCAUUACUCCCAGUUGCAUGUAUCUCUUUCUCUGCAAUCUCAUUAAUACUGAGUUUUUAGAAUUUUUACUGUUUCCAACUUAAAAUAAGUAUGAAAUAGCACAUCAUGGCUGUUUUAAUUUUCUAUAUGUUUAAUUACUACAAGCCUGAAUAUGUUUUGAAAUUUUUUUUUUUCCUAUUUCUUCUUGUGUUCUUGGUGUUCUCUGACCAUCUGUACACUGGGGACUUGGUAUUACAACUACAGCACAUGCUUCCUCCUAAUCUAAUGUCCCUUUCUGUUCAGAACUGAAGAGAUAUUUUUCUAAUUAUAGGACGUUAGGCCCACAAUAGAAUUAUAUGUAAGAAAUAUGAGAAGAUAACUCUUCAUUAAUUCCAAAUAAGUGCCUUUAAGCCUCCACUACUUGCCAGGUACUAUUCUACGCUCUGGAGAUAUAUGGAAGAAUAAUACAUACAAGAUCCCUGCAUUUACCGGCUUAUUAAAGCUUAAUUUUGGUUCAAAAUACUUCAAACAUAAUAAAGACCAUACAAAAAGAAAA